GGAAGCUGCUUUGUGAGAUUUUCUCUAUCUACCCCAGAAGUGUUUAUUGUCUACUGAUUGUACUUUGUUACAAGAGAGUUGUGUUAACCCUCCUGAUGUUGUAAUUGACAUCUCUACUACUACAAGAAGACUUAUCUUUGUUUGUGGGCAGACGCAGGGAGAUAGAGGGUGUGACAUGGCUAACGAGGAGGGAAGACAUACAUCCCUCACAGAGCAGCACAACAACGACAACAACAUCACCCAUCCAGAGACUUCAGCUACACCACAAGAGAGUGAUCCCGGUGGAUUGUCAGUACUAGAGCAGCUUGGCUUGGACCACAGCUCCGAUUUCUCUGACUCGAGUGUUCAGCAGCGGUUGGAUGAACAGAGAGAGCGAAUCCGUAGGGAAAUCCGGAAGGAGCUGAAGAUUAAAGAGGGGGCAGAGAAUCUCCGCAGAGCCACUACAGAUAAACGAAAUGCGCAGCAGGUGGAGAGUCAGUUGCGGAGCUCCAGUCGACGUCUGGACUCGCUCCACACUCAGCUACAAGAGCUGGAUGCUCAUAUCGUCGUCAAAGGGACAGAUGAUUCACGUGAUGAUGCUCCUCAGUCUCCGGGAGCAGAGAGCAGGUCGUCGGCACAUAAGGAGAGAAUCACUGCACUGGAAAGGCAGUUAAACAUCGAACUCAAAGUCAAACAGGGGGCUGAAAAUAUGAUCCCCAUCUACGCGAAUGGCUCCACCAAGGAUAAGAAGAUGUUGCAGACAGCUCAGCAGAUGCUACAGGACAGCAAGACAAAGAUUGACAUCAUCCGCAUGCAGAUCCGGAAAGCAGUGCAGGCCUACGAACACAAUGAUGAUACACAGGGAAAGCCUGACCCAUGUGGUAUGGAGCUACGGAUUGAGGAGCUCAGACACCAUUACCGCGUUGAGCACGCCGUCGCAGAGGGAGCAAAAAAUGUCCUUAGACUUCUUGGAGCCAGUAAAGUACAGGACAAGAAGGCCAUGUCAGAGGCUCAGUGUCGUCUGAGCGAGUCGUCUCAGAGGUUGGAUCUGCUGAGAGAUUCAUUAGAUCGGCGGUUAGCAGAACUUCCUGAGGAUCAUCCCAAAGCAUCUGUUAUCAACGAGGAGCUGGUGUUAGCCUCCUCACCGGCGUUCAGUUCUCGACACGGCGCCCCCUACCUGCACAACCAGUACAGCACCCUCUCCAAACCCUCUCCCCUCACUGGCACCCUUCAGGUCACAUUACUGGGCUGUAUGGGUGUGCUAGAGGUGGUUCCCGGACGUUCCCGUGGCAGCCAGGUAGUGUUGCCGUGUUACAGUCCGGGAGAAGGGCGGUCCUUUAUGCGGAGUGGAAAAGGCCUGUAUAGUCGCAGUGGCAGCGUUAGCGGAAAAACACCCAUCAAAGCAGACGAACUCUCCUCGGAGGUGAGCGCAGUACUGAAGCUGGAUAACACAGUCGUGGGUCAGACAGCGUGGAAGAUGGUUGGAGAACAGGGCUGGGAUCAGACCUUCACCAUAGAGCUGGAGAGAUCCAGAGAGAUGGAGAUCGCAGUGUACUGGAGAGACUACCGAUCUCUGUGUGCGCUGAAAUUUCUCAAGUUGGAGGAUUUUCUGGACAACCAGAAACACAGAGUACAACUAGAGCUAGAACCACAGGGACUGCUGUUGGCAGAGGUUACCUUCUUUAACCCCGUCAUCGAGAGGGUUCCACGGCUAAAACGGCAGAAGAAAGUUUUCUCCAAGCAACAGGGUAAAGCAUUCUUGCGAGCUCGGCAGAUGAAUGUUGAUAUUGGCACGUGGGUGAGGUUACUGAGGAAUGCCAUACCAAACGUCAACAACACAGGAACCUACAGCCCUCACGCACACACAGUACAGACAGGGGAGAUAUCGGUGGAGAAGUUGAGUUUAGACUGUGACUCACCAAUGAAGGUGGACGUUCGGCGAGAUGUGAUGGACACAAGCACUCCGGAACGACAACAGGCCACUGAGCCCGUCUCUGCUCCUGACCUCACCACACCUGAACGCCAAAUCAGAACACAUUCACUGAGCAGUAAACAGAAGAAGACUGCUUUGAGCCUGCAAGAUUUCAGACUAAUAGCUGUUCUUGGCAGAGGCCAUUUUGGAAAGGUUCUGUUGACAGAAUACAAGAAGUCAGGCAAUAUGUAUGCCAUUAAAGCCCUGAAGAAAGGAGACAUCGUGGCCAGAGAUGAAGUAGAAAGUUUGAUGUGUGAAAAGCGCAUUUUCGAGACCGUGAACAGUGCGCAGCACCCCUUCCUCGUGAACCUGUUUGCAUGUUUCCAGACCCCAGAGCAUGUGUGUUUUGUCAUGGAGUACACGGCAGGCGGCGACCUAAUGAUGCACAUACAUGCAGACGUCUUCACCGAGCCACGAGCUGUGUUCUAUGCUGCUUGUGUAGUUUUAGGGCUUGAGUUUUUACAUGACAACAAGAUUGUGUACCGAGAUCUUAAAUUGGACAACUUGCUGCUUGACACAGAGGGUUACGUUAAGAUCGCCGACUUUGGAUUGUGUAAAGAAGGUAUGGGUUUUGGGGACCGGACCAGUACGUUCUGUGGGACUCCAGAGUUUCUGGCUCCAGAGGUUCUAACAGACACGUCGUACACGCGGGCCGUGGACUGGUGGGGACUCGGAGUGCUUAUAUAUGAAAUGUUGGUGGGAGAGUCCCCGUUUCCAGGUGAUGAUGAAGAGGAGGUUUUUGACAGCAUAGUGAAUGAUGAAGUUCGUUAUCCACGGUUCCUUUCCUCAGAGGCCAUUGGCAUCAUGAGGAGGUUACUAAGAAGAAAUCCAGAAAGACGACUGGGUUCCAGUGAGAAAGAUGCAGAGGAUGUAAAGAAACAGCCUUUCUUCAGGGCUGAGAGCACAGUAGCUCAUGUGGGAGAUUUGUCUUGUCUGAAAAGUGAAUUCAUGUCAUUUACCUUACAGUAG